AUGGAUCCAUCUGAAGUUGAGUUUUUGGCUGAAAAGGACCUGGUAACUGUUGUGCCAAAUUUUGCUCAGGACAAGAUAUAUUUAAUAAGUGGUGAUAUUGGUCCAUUCAGUCCAGGAUUACCUGUGGAUAUUCCACUAUGGAUGGCAGUUAAUCUUAAACAGAGACAUAAAUGUAGAAUAGUUCCACCAGAAUGGAUGGAUGUAGAAAAGUUGGAGGAUAAGAAACAAGAAGAAACCGAUUCCAAAUUUUUUACUCCAAUGCCAAGUAAAUAUUAUAUGGAGGUUACCCAAGUACUUUUGAAGUGUGCAACUGCAGACAUUCCUCGAGCUGAUGAUGUAAGAACAUUAAUAAAAGACAUCUGGGAUUUAAGAAUAUCAAAAUUAAGAAGCAGUAUCGAUACCUUUAUUAAAAGUGAUGCAACUCAUGCUAAGUUGAACCAUUUAACAUUGAUGGAAAUUAAUACAGUACGAUCAUUCUUAACACUUUCACUUGAUCAACUGCAUUUACUGCGCAGUAAUGUCAGUGGUGGAAUAAAAGCGACACAAGAUUAGAAAUGUAAGAUUGUGUACAUAUUGUAUGUAAAUUGUGCAUAGAUUUUAUAAAAAU